UCUGGCAUACAGAGGAUAGUAACGAUUCUUCAUUCGAACCAAAAACACAUCCAACAACGAACACGAUGACAACGAACCGAUCCACCAGACUUCUGGUGUUGCUAGUGUUGACAGCCCUGGUGGCCAGCCAACAGGCGCAUGCCGCCGCCGUAGGACUCAAGUGCGGUGGCAAAAGCGCCGUCUGCGUGGGACCACUCUCCUAUCAGCAGUGCGUCGAUGACCUGACCACCGGUCCGGUGGUGCCAUGCGAGCUUAACACCCGCUGCGUCACCGACGGCCUCGAGAUCUGCGUGCCGGUCAAGUCGGCCGCUGAGGCGCCCACGGCGGCUGUCGCCAAGAUGGUGACCAUCACCGACAGCCCCGUGGUGAGCGAAUCCGCCCCGCUCGUGGAUUCCACCAGCAGUGCUAGCGCCGUAGAGAUCUCCACCGAGGGUGUAGGUGCACCAGCCAGCGCUGUUCCCACGAAGCCAUCUGCUCCAGUUGAGACCACUCAGGCUCCGGUAGAGACCACACAGGUGCCGGAAGAGACCACCCAGAUUCCGGUUGAGACCACUCAGGCACCGCUUGAAACCACCCAAGCUCCGGUCGAGACAACUACUGCAGCCAUUGAGGAGACCACCACAGGAUCGGAAGCACCACUGGAGCCGGAAUCGACGGUGCCCAGCGAUACAACUCCCGUGGACUCCACAUUGUCACCCGGAUCGGAGGGCACUUACCCAACCAUUGAACCCAACACACCAGGAGCAGACCCCAACGCUCCGGCGGGAACGACUCUUGCUCCAGGCGAAGUCGAUCCCAACAGUCCAAUCCACCCCAAUUCCCCUCUGAACCCGAACGCACCCGAAGAAUCUACUAACGAACCCGGAUUAGUUGACCCCACCCUACCGGCUGACACUACUGCUGCUCCAGAUUCUCCUGUUGAAGGAUCAACCGCAGCUCCCGGCACUCCAGCUGAUGUAACCACUGCGGCUCCAGGUGAUGUCCCUACUGCUGCUCCUGGUUCUCCUGCUGAAGGAUCCUCUGCCGCUCCUGGUGCUCCUGCUGAUGUCACCACCGCCGCUCCUGGCGCUCCAGCUGAUGGAUCCUCUGCCGCCCCUGGCGCUCCAGCUGAUGGAUCCUCUGCCGCUCCUGGAUCUCCUGCUGAUGUCACCACCGCCGCUCCUGGCGCUCCAGCUGAUGGAUCUUCUGCCGCCCCUGGCGCUCCAGCUGAUGGAUCUUCUGCCGCUCCCGGAUCUCCUGCUGAUGUUACCACCGCCGCUCCUGGCUCUCCAGCUGAUGGAUCUUCUGCCGCUCCAGGAUCUCCUGCUGAUGUCACCACCGCCGCUCCUGGCGCUCCAGCUGAUGGAUCCUCUGCCGCUCCUGGAUCUCCUGCUGAUGUCACCACCGCCGCUCCUGGUGCUCCAGCUGAUGGAUCCUCUGCCGCUCCUGGCGCUCCAGCUGAUGGAUCCUCUGCCGCUCCUGGAUCUCCUGCUGAUGUCACCACCGCCGCCCCUGGCGCUCCAGCUGAUGGAUCUUCUGCCGCUCCCGGAUCUCCUGCUGAUGUCACCACCGCCGCUCCUGGCUCUCCAGCUGAUGGAGCCUCUGCCGCUCCUGGCGCUCCAGCUGAUGGAUCCUCUGCCGCUCCUGGCGCUCCAGCUGAUGGAUCCUCUGCCGCUCCUGGUGCUCCUGCUGAUGUCACCACCGCCGCUCCUGGCUCUCCAGCUGAUGGAGCCUCUGCCGCUCCUGGCGCUCCAGCUGAUGGAUCUUCUGCCGCUCCCGGAUCUCCUGCUGAUGUUACCACCGCCGCUCCUGGCUCUCCAGCUGAUGGAUCUUCUGCCGCUCCAGGAUCUCCUGCUGAUGUCACCACCGCCGCUCCUGGCGCUCCAGCUGAUGGAUCCUCUGCCGCUCCUGGUGCUCCUGCUGAUGUUACCACCGCCGCUCCUGGCGCUCCAGCUGAUGGAUCUUCUGCCGCUCCCGGAUCUCCUGCUGAUGUCACCACCGCCGCUCCUGGCGCUCCAGCUGAUGGAUCCUCUGCCGCUCCUGGCGCUCCAGCUGAUGGAUCCUCUGCCGCUCCUGGCGCUCCAGCUGAUGGAUCUUCUGCCGCUCCCGGAUCUCCUGCUGAUGUUACCACCGCCGCUCCUGGCGCUCCAGCUGAUGGAUCUUCUGCCGCUCCCGGAUCUCCUGCUGAUGUUACCACCGCCGCUCCUGGCGCACCAGGUGAAGGAUCCUCUGCCGCUCCUGGCGCUCCAGCUGAUGGAUCCUCUGCCGCUCCUGGAUCUCCUGCUGAUGUCACCACCGCCGCUCCUGGCGCUUCAGGUGAUGGAUCCUCUGCCGCUCCUGCUGAUGGGUCCUCUGCCGCUCCUGGAUCUCCUGCUGAUGUCACCACCGCCGCUCCUGGCGCUCCAGGUGAUGGGUCCUCUGCCGCUCCUGGAUCUCCUGCUGAUGUCACCACCGCCGCUCCUGGCGCUCCAGCUGAUGGAUCUUCUGCCGCUCCCGGAUCUCCUGCUGAUGUCACCACCGCCGCUCCUGGCGCUCCAGCUGAUGGAUCCUCUGCCGCUCCUGGUGCUCCUGCUGAUGUUACCACCGCCGCUCCUGGCGCUCCAGCUGAUGGAUCUUCUGCCGCUCCCGGAUCUCCUGCUGAUGUCACCACCGCCGCUCCUGGCGCUCCAGCUGAUGGAUCCUCUGCCGCUCCUGGUGCUCCUGCUGAUGUUACCACCGCCGCUCCUGGCGCUCCAGCCGAUGGAUCUUCUGCCGCUCCCGGAUCUCCUGCUGAUGUCACCACGGCCGCUCCUGGCGCUCCAGCUGAUGGAUCCUCUGCCGCUCCUGGUGCUCCUGCUGAUGUUACCACCGCCGCUCCUGGCUCUCCAGCUGAUGGAUCUUCUGCCGCUCCCGGAUCUCCUGCUGAUGUCACCACCGCCGCUCCUGGCGCUCCAGCUGAUGGAUCCUCUGCCGCUCCUGGUGCUCCUGCUGAUGUUACCACCGCCGCUCCUGGCUCUCCAGCUGAUGGAUCUUCUGCCGCUCCCGGAUCUCCUGCUGAUGUCACCACCGCCGCUCCUGGCGCUCCAGCUGAUGGAUCCUCUGCCGCUCCUGGUGCUCCUGCUGAUGUUACCACCGCCGCUCCUGGCUCUCCAGCUGAUGGAUCUUCUGCCGCUCCCGGAUCUCCUGCUGAUGUCACCACCGCCGCUCCUGGCGCUCCAGUUGAUGGAUCCUCUGCCGCUGGUGGAGUUCCUGCUGAUUCCAAUGUUCCCGCUGGUGGAGUUCCUGCUAAUUCAAAUGUACCAGCUGGUGGAGUUCCUGCUGAUUCCAGUGUUCCCGCUGGUGGAGCCCCUGCUGAUUCCAGUGUUCCCGUUGGUGGAGCCCCUGCUGAUUCCAAUGUUCCUGCCGGUGGAGUUCCUGCUAACUCCAAUGUCGCAGCUGGUGGAGUUCCUGCUAAUUCCAAUGCUCCAGCUAGUGGUGUUCCUGCUGGCUCCAGUGCUUCCGCUAGUAGCACGCCUGGACCAUCUUCUGCGGGAUCAAAUCCACCAGCUGGCUCAGUUAUUCCAUCUAUUCCGGUACUUCCUGGCGGAGCUGGCUCUUGGCCUUGGCAUCUUCGCCCGAACAGUCCGAUUUUGCCGCCGACCUGGAGGCCGCUGCUUCCUGGACAAAAUGGCUCGAGUGCUCCUGGCAGUGGGCUAAUCAACCCGCCUCAACGCCCACAUCCUUUCUGGCCCAACUGGCAAAACUGGGUAAACAGCUGGCGACCAAAAAAUCCAGUUCCUAGCACCGAAGCUCCUGUCCAACCGCAAAAUCCCCAGCAGCCGCAGCAACCGCAGAACCCUCAACAGCCUGGAAACAACAAUUCUGAGAACGCCGAAAGCGUAGAGCAAGCUGCUUCAGUUCCACCAGCCGAAGGACCAGCGUCCAACGAGAAUGCCUCCGUUGAGGACAGCAACAAAGCGCCCAGCGAGAAGUCAAAGGACAAGCCAAAGUCCGGGGAGGAUCAGUCCAAGGAGCAGGAACAGAAGAAGCCCAGCUCUGAGGAGAAGGAGAAGGACAGCAAGGAGAAGAGCGAUAAAGACAGCAAGGAGAAAAAGGACAAUGAUAACAAGGACAAGAAGGACAAGUCCAAGGAGGAGAAGGACAACGAGUCCCAGAAGGACAACGAAGGCGACGACGAGCCGAGCUCCAAGGAGAAGAAGCAGUACGUCAAGGACCUGAUCAAGAAGCUGAAAAAGGGUGACGACUGCGACGAGGACGACGUCUAUCCGGAUGUCCGCGAUUGCCGCAAAUACUACCGCUGCGAGGUGAAGAAGUCCGGCAAGCACAAGUUCGCCCACCUGCGCUGCGACAAAAAGGAACGAUUCGACUGGCUUGCCCAGUCCUGUGUGCCCAAGGACGAGGCCCGCUGCCUGGAGAAAUAGGACUAGGAUAGGACACAACUCCAUCUCCGUUUGACCUGCCACCUUCCAAUGAUAGCCUCAAAAUCAACUUUACUUUAAUAUUGGCAAUCUCCAAUCUUCAAUUUCCAUUUCCCUGGUCCUACCUAAUUUACUGCACUAACUUAAAUAUGCAUAAUUUUUUUUUGUUUUCCUCAAUAAAUCUUGAACUUUAUGAAAAUCUGGCAAA